AUGGAUCCAAAACAAGUGUCUGCAGAGGAUAUUGAGCUUAUAAAGGUGUGGUUUGACAGAUUGAAGAUCACAAUGAAGCAAUACAGCAUUCUAUCCACAGAUUGCUACAAUAUGAAUGAGAUUGGAUUUCAAGAGGGUCAAGAAUGUGCAGAGUGA